AUCGCUCUCCCAAAAGGCUCUUUCGAUGUUGUCGUUAUUGCUGCGGUUGCUCUGAUCGGGUUUGGAAUCUCCGACCCGUGCCGCGUUGCCGUUGUGCGUAUUUUCGUGAGAGGAAUAUCGUUACGGAGCCUCGACAAUCAACUGAGGCUAUCCGCUCCUCAAUUCGAGUUGCCCAGUCGUUUCCUACCUCUCUUCAUCGUAUUCCUUCCUACCGCGACCGAGUAUGAAGAUGUUAUCGGCGUUCGUUCAGACUGGAUUGCUUGGUCUCUCAUUCUUGUUCGAACAUGUCGCUGCCCAAGAAGACGACCUUGGAAGUGUUCUUCAGUCGCAGUCAAACUUGUCUACAUAUUAUAACUUAAUCAAGAAAUACCCUGAGGUCAUCCUCAAGCUUCCAAAUUAUGAUGGCGUCACAAUUGUUGCGCCGUCAAAUUCGGCUUUUGAAAACAUCCCAGGCACCCAACUAAACGGCAUCUGGAAUGAAUCAGACGCCUCUAUCGCCGUCCCCAUCCUGGAAUACCACAUCCUCCAAGGCACAGUCUCAACCGGCGCCCUCGAAUCAGGGCCCUCCGUCCUCCGAUCUUCACUCCUCCUCAACAAGGCCUGGACCAACGUGACCACCGGACAGAACGUCCUCGUCAACAAGCAGCCUGGCGACGUCAUCGUCUUCACCUCGUCCGAGGGCAUCCGCACCACCCAGGUCGAAGGUGACAUCAAGUUCGCCGGCGGACUCAUCCAAGUGGUCGACAACCUCAUGAUCCCGCCCGCCAGGCUCAAGAACACGACGGACUCAUUCAAGCUCCCAGCCUUCCUCGGCGCGCUUUACGCCGCCAAUCUCCUCCCGUCAGUAUCGGAGGAGAAGAACGUUACAAUCUUUGCGCCACGCAACGAGGCAUUCCAACGCGUCGCCGGAUCCCUCAACAACCUGGACAAAGAUGCUCUGAAGAAGUUUCUAAAUUACCACGUCGUCCCGGGUCGCAUCCUAGCCUCCUCCGACCUAAAGAACGGCACCAACCUCACCACCCUCGCAACAGAGGACAUAAAGGUCAUCCGGUCCGGCAACAAUCUCUUCCUGAACUCGGCGCAGAUCAUCCAGCCGGAUAUCCUCGUCGCCAACGGCAUCCUACACAUCAUCGACAACGUGCUGAACCCAGACGCCCCGUCCAUGACGCCGAACCCGAGCGCCGUCACCCAGGCGCCCGCUUACCCCGAGAGCUCGGCCUCAGGGCUGCCGUUCACGACGGCGAUCCCCUGUACCGUCAGCUGCCCCGUGACGACGACGGCCAGUCCCACGGCGGCGGCUUCGACGCGGUCUUCUACGACGGGGCUUAGGACUACGACUAGCCCCGGCGCGGCUGUGCGAACUGGUGUGGCUGCUGGUGCGGCUCUGCUUGCGGGACUUGCCGCGUUGGCUUAGACCUUGUUUAGCUGGAAUCGGCUGGUUGGACGAGGGAGUAUGAGAUGACAAUAUUACCAUAUAAGUAGCAUACCUUAAUAGUGAAUGAUAUGGGCUGUUUAAAGAAGAUAUCAAGGGUUACGGCUUGAAAGGCUCAUCCACAAAUUUUGAAGAGUGUUGAUACGGGUGACGUGCCAGGUAUUCAUGAUGUCUUUCAAUAUUCCAUUAUGCAAAAUAGCAC